AUGCGCAUCGCGUUGGUGGGCUGCGGCCAUGGCGAGCUCGACUCGAUCUACGCAUCCGUGGCGCAGAUCGAGGCGGUCCACCAGACCACCGUCGACCUCCUCCUCAUUUGCGGCGACUUCCAGGCCGUCCGCAACCAGUCCGACCUGGCGACGAUGGCAUGCCCCGCAAAGUACCGCUCGAUGCAGGACUUUCACCGGUACUACUCUGGCGAGAAGCGUGCGCCCGUCCUCACGAUCUUCAUCGGCGGCAACCACGAGGCGUCCUCCCACCUCUGGGAGCUCUACUACGGCGGCUGGGUCGCGCCCAACAUCUACUUCCUCGGGUACGCGGGCGUGGUGUCGGUGGGAGGCGUCCGCAUCGGAGGGCUGAGCGGCAUCUACAACGGGCGCCACUACCACACCGGCCACUGCGAGGCGCCUCCCUACUCCGACUCGGACAUGCGGUCCGCGUACCACGUGCUCCGGCUGCUCCAGCUCCGCCAGCCGAUGGACGUCUUCCUCUCGCACGACUGGCCCGCCCACAUCGCCACGAUGGGCGACACAAACGCGCUGCUCCGCAAAAAGUCCUUUCUGCGCGACGAGGCGGUCGUGCCGGGGCCUCCCUCCCAAGCUGCUCGGACCCUUCCUGCAGGCGAGCAGCUGCUCAAGCACCUCAAGCCCGACUACUGGUUCGCGGCGCACCUGCACGUCAAGUUCGCGGCGGUG